AUGCAGUCGGAUAUCCGCACCGCGGCGCUGCACACUCCCGUCGACGUUGCGGAGUACCUGUUUACGCGACUGUACCAGCUCGGCGUGCGCGUGAUCCAGGGUGUUCCAGGAGACUAUAACCUGGCUGCGUUGGAUUACAUCCCCAAGGCCGGGCUGGAGUGGGUUGGGAACUGCAAUGAACUGAAUGCCGGGUACUCCGCCGACGCCUACGCACGCAUCAUGGGGAUCUCCGCAAUUAUGACGACCUUUGGCGUCGGCGAGCUGUCCACGCUCAACGCCAUCGCGGGCGCAUACUCGGAGCACGUCCCCGUCGUGCACAUCGUCGGGCAGCCGACAAUCGCCUCGCAGCGCGACGGUCUGCUGCUACACCACACGCUCGGCAACGGCGACUACAACGUAUUCCACGGAAUCAGCGCCAACGUCGCCGUGGCCGCGGUCAAGAUCGCGGACGCAGAUCACUCCCCGACGCUGAUCGACCACGCCCUCCGUGAGUGCUGGAUCCGGAGCCGCCCCGUGUACAUUGCGCUGCCGGCGGACAUGGUUGCGCAGAAGGUGGAGGGCCAGAGGCUGGCGGAGCCUAUCGACCUGCGCGAGCCGCCCAACGAGGUUGAGAAGGAAGACUAUGUGGUGGACGUCGUCCUGCGGUAUUUGGCUGCCGCGCGGGAUCCCAUCAUCCUGGUUGACGCGGGCGCGAUCCGCCAUGAUGCCCUGGGCGUUGUGCAUGAGCUGAUCCAGCGAUCCGGGUUCCCGACCUACGUCGCGCCGAUGGGCAAUGGUGCUGUGGACGAGACGCUGCCGCAGUUCGGGGGCGUGUAUGCCGGGAACGGGUCGCAUCGCGCUGUCCGCGAGCGGGUCGAGGGCUCGGACCUCAUUCUGAGCAUUGGCCCGCUCAAGUCCGACUUUAAUACAACGGGCUUCUCGUACCGGACGAGCCUGCUGAACACCAUUGACUUCUACACGGACCACGUCCAGGUGCGGUACUCGCAUUACCCGGACGUGCGGAUGCGGGGGGUUCUGCAGAAGAUCAUCGACCGUAUGCAGAGCCUGGAUAGUGUCCUCGCUGAACACCGACUUCCGGAUAAGGACCCUUUUAGCUCUGAGGCAGCGGACAACGAUACCCGAAUCACCCACGCCUGGCUCUGGCCGGCUCUGAGCAACUGGCUACGCGAGGGGGACAUCCUGGUGACGGAUACCGGCACCGCCAACUUUGGCGUGUGGGAGACCCGGUUCCCCAGGGGUGUCAGCGCCAUCAGCCAGGUGCUGUGGGGGAGCAUCGGGUUCUCGGUGGGCGCGUGUCUAGGCGCUGCAUUGGCGACGAGGGAUAGCAAGGACUGCCGCCGGGUGAUUCUGUUCGUGGGCGAUGGGAGUUUCCAAAUGACCGCGCAAGAGGUUAGCACGAUGCUCCUCCAUAAUCUGAAUCCGAUCAUAUUUGUGAUCUGCAACGACGGAUACACGAUUGAGCGGUACAUUCACGGUCCCCAGGCGAGCUACAACGACAUCCAGCCGUGGGAGCACGGCGCGCUGGUCGAGGCAUUCGGGGCGCAUUCUCCGGGCGACUACAUCUCGUACCGGGUCCGGACCAGGGAGGAGCUGGAGGGCUUGUUCGCCAACCCGAAGUUCUCGUUCGCUCCGCACUUCCAGCUUGUAGAGCUGCACAUGCCCAGAGACGAUGCGCCAGCCGCGUUGAAACUCACGGCAGCAGCGGCGGCAGCAAGGAAUAUGGAGGCUCAUUAA